GGGCGCCAGGCUGCCUGCGCUCCUCGAGGCGGCGCCGCCGGGCGGCCCGCCCGGCCCCGCCGGCGGCGGCGCUGCCCCCUGAGCCAGGGGGGUGCCCCGCGCCUCGGGGGCAAACGACAGGCAGGCAGGCUUUUCUUGCUCUUGUUAGCACCAUGCGACCUCAUUGUUGCCGAGGCCGCUCGCCUCGCGUGCGAGGGCCCACAGCUCCCCGCGGAGAAGCGCCCGGCGGCCCUGCAGCCCGGGCGCAGGUCUCCGCGGCCCUGGCCCGCCGGCUUAGAGACGAGGGCUCCCAAGUAGGGCCAGGCCCUCGCCCUCAUCUCGUUGGCGUCGGCGUCCCCAGUUGCGCGCCGAUGUGGCACCCUUUGACUCUCGUCUCCGAGCCAGUCAACGACAGCACGCUGAUGUUCGAGGAAAAGAGGAUGCGCGCCACAUCGUGACAGGCAGUGGCU